CUUCCCAACUCAUUUCCCCUUCGUAUAUGAUAGUAAACAUUCAGGGCCCAUCCGUAUCAAAGAAGUGAAGAUACGUAAAAGAAAUCCCAGAAAAUGAAGAAAAUUGUUUCAGAUGAAUCGAGCUCGAAGAAUUCACAUGGAGACGGGGCUGCAAAUAUAUCGCACACUUUUAAAUACUUAUUUGCUACGCAGUUCUUGUCAAGAGGAAUCCCUUUCAUAUUUAAUUCGUGGAUUAUCAGGCACCUCACCGAAGAAGAAUAUGCGUUGUAUGCUGUACAAUUCCAUCUGUUUGUCACCUGUAUCUUGUUCCUCAGUCGAGAAGGAUUUCGGCGAGCAUGCAUGAGAGCAGUUAUAAAAUGUAAUGAUGCUUCAACAACGAGAGAAAAUGCAGCAAAACUUUUGAAAGUUGCCUGGCUGACAUUUCCUAUGGGAAUAAUUAUUACACUUGCAGCAUGUGUAUAUGUAUUCUGGUUGAAAGGUCUAAGUUAUUCUAGUCCAUAUGCCCAGAGUAUCUUGAUUCACGGUUUUGCAUGUGUACUUGAACUACUAGCGGAACCCCUUUAUAUCUUGUCUCAAAACAUGCUGCUUCUCAGACUGCGGCUGGUUGUUGAAAGUGCAGCUACUCUUUCGCGUUGUAUAACGACGUAUAUCCUCAUACUAAAGCAAUCUAGCAUGGAGAAAGAAAUUGUAUUUGCCUUGUCUCAAGUUGCAUAUGGAGCUUCAAUAUUCUUAGGUUAUUGGGGAUAUUUUCUUCUUUUUCGUGUAUCUGACACUUUUGACCUUUUUCCUUUCAGUGUAGGGAACUUGAUGGAUUAUGAUAGGCCACUAACAAAUAUGUGUAAGUUGUUCACUCUUCAAUCUGUUCGAAAGUUGAUUCUUCAGGAAGGAGAAAAGAUGGUCCUUGUAUGGUUGGAUACACCAUAUAACCAAGCAGUAUAUGGAGUUGUAGAGAAACUAGGGAGCUUAGUGGUUAGGCUGGUGUUUCUUCCAUUUGAAGAAAGUUCAUAUGCUACCUUUGCAAGGUCUGCAUCAGGAGACAAUAGAGAGAAAAGCAGGAAGCUCGGAAGGUGUCUUACAGAUGCUCUGAAACUUGUUUUGCUGAUAGGCAUGGUGGUUAUGGCAUUUGGUCCAAGUUAUUCUUACUCUCUCAUCAGAAUAUUGUAUGGUAGGAAAUGGAGUGAUGGAGAAGCUUCAACAGCCCUACAAUAUUAUUGCCUUUAUGUAAUAGUCUUGGCCAUGAAUGGUACAUCUGAAGCAUUUUUGCAUGCAGUUGCAACAGAGAACCAACUCAAGCAAUCAAACAAUUCAUUGGUUGUGUUCUCAUUGGUUUAUCUAGUGUUGAAUGUAUUACUAAUAAGAUCAGCUGGAGCAGUGGGGUUGAUCACUGCAAAUUCUUUGAACAUGAUUUUCAGGAUUGUUUAUUCAGCGAGAUUCAUCAGCAAUUAUUUCAAGGAGUCUUCCUCGUUUUCUUUUCGUGAAUGCUUGCCCUCUGGGUGGGAAUAUCUACUAUUUUCAGGUGUAGCCACUUUCAUAUUUGAGAAAAUAUAUUUGGACCGAGAUGACUUCUGGGCCACAUUUUUCGUUCACUUCUCCUUUGGAUUCGCAUGUUUCAGCGUAACAGCAUUUGCAAUCUACCGUAAGGAGAGACUGUUUAUCAGAAAAAUUAUCCGUUUUCGCGAGCAUGCUGACUGAAACUCUUGAAGUUUGAAGGUGAGACGGUUUGCAGGGAACCUAUUUUGAUCGGAAUGCACGAAGGACUUUUCUAAUAAGUACAUUAUUUUAAAUUUUGAUUACCAAAAAGUUAUUUAUGUUAAAGUAUACUUAUUUUGCUUAUAAGUAACUUUUUUAAAGCCUAGCCAAAUAUGCAAAAGGUUUGGAUGAGAAUAUUUUCAUUUUUGAAAGUUCGGUGAAAUUUUAAUUGACUCGCUCAA